UGUCUGUCUGUCCUCAGGGGUGCCGUGUUGUCGUUGGCUAUGACCUCGAGUGGUGAGCAGUGCUUCAGCGGCGGCAUCGACUCUACGAUCCAGUGGUGGAACAUCCCGAGCUCCAACGUGGACCCCUACGACACCUACGAUCCCAGCGUGCUGGCGGGCUCGUGGCUGGGUCACACGGACGCCGUGUGGGGAUUGGCUUACAGCGGCAUCAAGAACCGCCUCCUGUCCUGCUCGGCCGACGGAACCGUGAAGCUGUGGAACCCGACAGAGAAGAACCCCUGCGUCAGCACUUUCAACACAAACAACGAGCAUGGCGUCCCCACGUCGGUGGACUUCAACGGGUGUGACCCCGCCCACAUGGUGGCGUCGUUCAACAGCGGAGACGUGGUGGUGUACGACCUGGAGACUUCCCAGAAUGCACUGGUGCUGAAGGGGCAGGGAGAAGGCAGGUGCCAUCACAUCAACAAGGUGGUGAGUCAUCCCACGCUGCCGAUCACCAUCACCGCUCAUGAAGACAGACAGAUCAAAUUCUACGACAACAAGUCAGGUAAAGUGAUCCAUGCCAUGGUGGCUCACCUGGAUGCAGUGACCAGUCUGGCUGUGGAUCCUAACGGGAUCUACCUGAUGUCUGGAAGUCACGACUGCUCCCUCCGUCUGUGGAACCUGGACAGUAAGACAUGUGUUCAGGAGAUCACGGCUCACCGUAAGAAGAGUGAGGAGGCCAUCUACGACGUGGCCUUCCACCCGUCCAAGGCCUACAUCGCCUCCGCUGGAGCCGACGCCCUCGCCAGGGUCUACGUGUAGAGGAGCAGGAGGAGCAGGAGCAGAGGACCCAGACAGAGAGAAUUAGAGGAGGUGCAGCUGUGUCCGUCUCCUCCGAUCUGACUGAAGACAGAGACGUUCAGCAGCAGAAACGUUGUGGAAACGUUGUUUAAAGGUUGACACUGAGCAGCUCACCUCCUGUGAUAACACUACCGCCCCCCCCCUUGUUAACACUAGUGUGACCUCAUGACCUUCACAGCAGGACCAGAGGACGGACUUAAAGAACCCCAAUAGUCAGCUGCUUUGGUUUGUUCUUCAUCUGAUGAUGAUGAUGAUGAUGAUGAUGUCAUCACAUCUGGAGCGUCCUGUUCUUCUCUCAGAGGGAGCCGGUGGUUUGAUUCUCAAACCUCUGAUCUGUGUGUCGACGGUUCUUAUCCGGUGUGGCGUCCCGGGAAGUUUUUUUUGUGCGUCUUUGACAGCGAGACGAUGUCCCCAGCUAGACCCAGAGGGACGACGCGAGAUAAAGACGGACGACUUCAGACAUCGUCGGAUAAAGACGGGCGACGCGAGAUAAAGACGGACGACUUUAGACAUCGUUGGAUAAAGACGGGCGACGCGAGAUAAAGACGGGCGACGCGAGAUAAAGACGGGCGACUUUAGACAUCGUCGGAUAAAGACGGACGACUUUAGACAUCGUCGGAUAAAGACGGGCGACGCGAGAUAGACGGGCGACGAGAGAUAGACGGGCGACGAGAGAUAAAGACGGGCGACUUUAGACAUCGUCAGAUAAAGACGGACGACGCGAGAUAAAGACGGGCGACUUUAGACAUCGUCAGAUAAAGACGGACGACGCGAGAUAAAGACGGGCGACUUUAGACAUCGUCAGAUAAAGACGGACGACGCGAGAUAAAGACGGGCGACUUUAGACAUCGUCGGAUAAAGACGGACGACGCGAGAUAAAGACGGGCGACUUUAGACAUCGUCGGAUAAAGACGGACGACGCGAGAUAAAGACGGAUGACUUUAGACAUCGUCGGAUAAAGACGGACGGUGGUAGAUGAGGACGGACAAUGUUGGACAACGUUAGAAGACAUCAGACACUGCUGGCUGUUGGUCGGUUUGUUGACGAUGACAGCUGUUAAAAACUCAUAAUUAGUCUGAACUGCACAACCUGAACGCAGCAUCACUUCAGUGAUUCAGUCCAAACUUAAAAGAAUUUAUUUUUCUGGAUUUACAGGAAUCAUUAGUUCCUCCAGCGGUCCUGAUGAAGAAGAGGGUGGUUUCCUUUUGGACCUCUCUUGAUUUUUGAACUUCUCUUGUUAUAAAUACAUGAGUGUUGUGUUCAGGGUCCUGCCAAAAGUAAACCAUUACUAGAUCAGAAGUAGAUGAAGUCGCCUCGACACACAGAUGAAACAAACGCCAACAAAUACAAAUAAAGAAGUCACAGAAGAAGAGCGGACCGUCUGAUGUUUUAACCCGUCGAGGUUUUGUUGUAUUUAAGUUUUUUUUUAAUCGUAAAAUCUGAAGUAAUUCAGAUUGACUUUUACCGUGUUUUUAAGAAGUUAGAGAAACCGUUUCUAAAUAAAACAGCCGUGUCGGGUUAAAUAUCAGAUCGUCUGUUCGGCCAAUCAGAGCCCUCCGUUCAAACCACCACCGACUGAGUGAAGACAGCAUUGGCGUAGUUACGUGUGGACGUUUUUCUGUUUGUGUAAAAAUAUAAAUCUAGUUUUUAUAAUCGUUUUUAUAUAAACGUGGAAACGUCUUGUCAGCGGCACCGAGGAGGAUUCUUGGUCUGAGCUCCUGUUCUGGAGGAGGAGCUCCUUCUGUCCUCGUCACAGACGCACAAAGAUUUAUUUAAAUAAAGAGAUCAUUACUUUUGUUUUAUUUCUAGCUUCUGGUAAUCAACCCGGAAGUAUUUGGCUUUACAUGCUGGUACUUGAACGCACCGCUCCUCCUCCUCCUCUUAUCACCGUGUGACUUUUAUUCAACAAACAGGAGAACAUUUAUUUAUGUUUUUUUUUUUUUCUCUCUUUUCAUCAAAAAAAAGAACCGUUUGAGCUCCAGGGGAAACGGUCCAAUCAGACGCCUCCUGGGGCGGGGUUUAGAAGAAAGAAAAAAAAAAAAGCUGCCCCCUGAUUGGCUGAACAAGCAGCUCAGAGUUGUGUUGUGUUUUAGUUUGAAGGGAUUUGUAACGCGAGCAUCUCCUGAUCACAGAUCUUUAUUUUUCUUUCCAGCAACGCGACGACUUCCUGUGUAACUAAAGAAUUUCUUUGUGUAAUGCAUGAUUAAUACAAUAAAAAAGUAUUUUUUCUAGUCUUCCAGAAAAAUGGGGAAAAAACGUUUUGAUGAGUUUUGUAAUUUUUUUUUUUUUUUUUUUUUGAUUUACAAAUUAUGAAACAGCAGAUUUUAAAGAUUGAACCACAUAGCAGAAUACAACUGUUGAAAUGUAUAUAAAAUGUCUAUAAUAACUAUUAAAUGGUGUACCUGUACAGAGG